AUGGAGGAAAGAUGGACGCACAAAGAGAAAGAGAAUGAGAGAUCGAUGGAUACAGACGAAAUAUCUAAUAAACAAGCAGAAACACAUGAUAAUUCAGAAUAUACAGAUGAUAGCCCGUAUGAUAAAGAAAAUUCACCAGAAGAUGUCGUAAUAACAGCACUUUUAGCAAGAAAUGCAGAAAAUGAAGAAAGACCCUUCAUUACCCCAAAGACACCAGAGAAGAAGCACCCAGUCAAACACAUCGCCAAUAUAGAAACCCCUUUUAAGCUGAAAAUAAAGAGAAAUACGAUAAAGUACAAGGAUUCCAUGAAGGAGAACACUGCGAUAUUCAGAAGUGCACAAAUAUUCCAAGAUUUAGAUAGAGAGACAGAAGAAAGUGAAUGGUUCCGUAAGAAAAGAGGAAGAAAAGAGAAAACGAAAAUCAUCACAGAAUCAGCCCAAGCAGUAAUUAAAGGGCACCCAGGUGUAUGCCCUGUGAUAAACUACCUUUCAUCGCACUUCUUAAUAAAGGCAACAAUUUACACAGGAACUGAAUCAGAAGUUCAUUUAGUUGAAGAGAAAAGUCUACCAGAGAUAAUGCAAAUAUGCACUUUCUGCAGAAAUAGUAAAAGACCCUUAGAGGAAACACUAAAUGAAAGUACCCCUACAAUCAUAAAAAUAUCCAGGAGAAAGUGGACAUCGAAUAAGGAGAGGCACACUACCAUAAGAGAGGCGAAGUUCUUGCAUAGACUUAGGAAUAGUUCUUACAUAACAAGAAUAAUCAAGGCCUGGGAGGAAAAUUCACUACUCCAUAUACAGAUGGCAUUCUGUAACAAAGGUACACUGCGUGAGAUUAUAAGGCAGAAGGGAAAAUAUCCUAAUAUUGUGAAGUAUUCAGUUAUCCUGCAGAUACUGAAGGCUUUAAAGACAAUUCACUCCCAUAAUAUUAUACACUUAGAUAUAAAACCAGAUAACAUAUACUUGCACCAUGCGAAUGAUCAAUUUACAGUGAAAAUAGGUGACUUUGGGAUUAGUAGAUCAGCCACUGACCAGACGGAAAUAGAGUGCGAUGGUGAUAGAUUAUACAUGGCACCAGAAUUACUGCAGAAUACAUGCUCAUUUGCAAGUGAUAUUUAUAGUGCUGGGUUAAUCUUAAUAGAACUACUCUUUGAAGUACUGCCUGUUAAGGGUGUAGACUGGAGUAAGAUACACAGGGAAGAAAAGAAAAGGAUUGUGCAUGAAUCUGGGAUAAGCACAAAUAUGUACAGUAUAAUUAAGGAGAUGAUAGAAGAAAGACCAGAGAAAAGACCUACUGCCAGGGAAGUUGUAAGGCGCAUUAAGGCAGAGAUACAAUUAGUGUGA